GGAGGACGUUGGCGUGGGAGCUUUCGCGUGCGGGGGCUUCUGCACGCCUCGUUCCGCAUCUCGUCUCUGAAGAAGUUCAGCAGCUUGCGCUGCAAUUUUUCAGUGGAGGAGAUCCCCGGCGCCCGACAGCAAUCAGACACCCUGACGGCUUCACAAGGAAGAGUGCCGGACCUGUCAACUAAAGAAACGAAACAAAAGCACUUUGCUCUAGCAACAAAUUCUAUCAUUUUUCUAUCUGUACCUAUAGCAACAGCAUGUUCUAGUAGCUUGUCUGCAGUUCAGUGUCCUGAGCUGUUCAUCUUGUCCAUCGACCAUCAUCAUCAGAUCGAGACGCAUACUACUUUGCCUGAUCACUCAACAGCUCCAGGAGGAAGAGGAGGUGAUCAGGGACGGAUAACAGGUUCGCAGCCAACCUGAACGAAUUAACCGUGCUUCUGUUCUGACAGACCAAGAAUCCGGGGGAGCAUGCAAAGCGACUGAAUCAGAGCUCGUAGCCACUUCUGUUGGUUCAGUUUCAUCGCAAGCCCUCAAGCUGAUUCAGGCAUAAUCCGUAGCAGCAGAAACUUGCCGGCUUUCCUAUCUCUCCGUCCUGAGUCCUGACACGCCAAGAGUGUGCUGUUUCUGAUGGAAGCCAAGAGUGUGCUUUGAACAGCAGCAGUUAGUUACCGCGGUUGCUCCAACCAUUCCUAUCUCUACAUAUCGACUGGGAAGAUCGCUUGUACGGUAGGCACGAACGAGUAAAGAACGGUGGCGAAAUGGCAGCGGAUCACGUCCGGAAGGACGUCGCCGGCGGCGAUGGCGACGACGACCGGCGUUCGAAGGUGAACGGCGAGGAUCUAGAGCAGCCUCGUGGCGACCAGGAACCGGCUGCCGAUCAUGUCAGCAGAGGCCUAGCCAUCGGGCAUUUCAUACGGGAGCUGAUGGUGGAAGGGGCGGCGUCGUUCCUGCUGGUAUUCUGGUCGGCCGUGGCGGCGCUGAUGCAGGAGAUGCACGGCACGCUGUCGUUCCCCAUGGUGUGCCUCGUCGUCGCCCUCACCGUCGGGUUCGUGCUCUGGUGGCUCGGCCCCGCGCACUUCAACCCCGCCGUCACCGCCACCUUCGCCGCCUUCGGCUACCUCCCCUGGGCCAAGCUGCCGUUCUACGUGGUGGUCCAGCUCGCCGGCUCCGUGCUGGCCUGCCUGGCGGUGAACGGCGUCAUGCGGCCGCGGGAGGAGCACUUCUACGGGACGGCCCCGAUGGCCGGCCACACCAGGCUGCCGUUCCUGAUGGAGCUCCUCGCCUCCGCCGUGCUCAUGGUCGUCAUCGCCACCGCUUCCAGAGGCUCCAACCAGACGGUUGGUGGGCUGGCCAUCGGCGCCGCGGUCGGAACCCUGGGCCUCGUCAUCGGGCCGGUCUCCGGGGGUUCGAUGAACCCGAUCAGGACCCUGGGCCCGGCCAUCGUGUUCGGCCGGUACACCUCCGUGUGGAUCUACCUCGUCGCGCCCCUCGCCGGCAUGCUGCUCGGCGCGCUCUGCAACCGGGCCGUCAGGAACUCCGACGCCAUCCUCGCCUUCUUCUGCGGCGGCUGGGCGAGAGCAGCGGCGCGCAAAACCUGCAGGAGCGUUCCGGUGCUCACGCCGCACGCCAUUGGAGCAGUCGCGUCGCAGCAGUUCUAGCCACCGCCGCCGUGGUCGCGAUGGAUGGCUCCCCUCGCUCGUCGUAACAGCGGCGAGAAAAACUUCAAAACUGUGGAAAUACAUGUAUUUUCCCAGCAGUUCAAACUAAGCUCUCCGCUGUAUUUACUACACUAUUCUCAGCUUUUAAAUUUCUAUUCAGUUAGUUGCUUUGCGCGCCUGUGUGCUUCAGCAUUGCGUCAGCCUGAACACUUGCCACGCUUCUUCUUUUUCAAAGUAAAAUACAUGAAUGACCAUUAUACUUGUCAA